GACUCUUAAUAUAUAGAGUCGACUCUAACCUGCAGCAGGAUACUCAAACCUCUCUGGAAUUUGGGAGUCGAAUUUUAGUCAUAUAUAGUCGACUCUAGGAGGAUUUAGAGUCGAUUCUUCAUGUAUAGAGUCGACUCUACCACUCACCCGAUCGCUGGCAUUGGUUGCUGCGCGGGGACCGGAGCAACUUGUCCCUUGUUGCUGAAAGUGCAAGGGGUGGCCGGAGUUGGGAGCACUUUCAGCAACAAGAGGCUUGUUGCUGAAAGUGCAAGGGGUGGCCGGAGUUGGGAGCACUUUCAGCAACAAGAGGCUUGUUGCUGAAAGUGCAAGAGGUGAUCAAAAAGAGGGACACUUUCAACAACCUGUCCUUUGUUGCUGAAAGUGCAAGGGGUGGCCGGAGUUGGGAGCACUUUCAGCAACAAACUUAGUGUCUUUGU